AUGUCUAUUCCUCAAGUUGCAGUUCUAUCUUUGAACGGUGAGACCACCUCUACCGAUUUGCCAUUGCCAGCCGUUUUCCGUGCUCCAAUUCGUCCAGAUAUCGUUCACUCUGUGUUCACAUCUGUCAACAAGAACAAGAGACAAGCUUAUGCUGUUUCCGAAAAGGCUGGUCACCAAACCUCUGCUGAAUCUUGGGGUACUGGUCGUGCUGUUGCCCGUAUUCCACGUGUUGGUGGUGGUGGUACCCACAGAUCCGGUCAAGCUGCUUUCGGUAACAUGUGUCGUGGUGGUCGUAUGUUCGCUCCAACCAAGACCUGGAGAAAGUGGAACGUUAAGGUUAACCAAAACGAAAAGAGAUACGCUACUGCUUCUGCUAUUGCUGCCUCUGCUGUUCCAUCUUUGGUUUUGGCCAGAGGUCACAGAGUCGAAAAGGUUCCAUCCAUCCCAUUGGUUGUUUCCGACGACUUGCAAUCCAUCCAAAAGACCAAAGAAGCUGUUGCUGCUUUGAAGGCUGUUGGUGCUCACUCCGACGUCAUCAAGGUCGUCAAGUCCAAGAAGCUAAGAGCUGGUAAGGGUAAGUACAGAAACAGAAGAUUCACUCAAAGAAGAGGUCCAUUGGUUGUCUACUCCGAAGACAACGGUGUUGUCAAGGCUUUCAGAAACGUUCCAGGUGUUGAAACCGCUAACGUUGCCUCUUUAGGUUUGUUGCAAUUGGCUCCAGGUGCUCACUUGGGUAGAUUCGUUAUCUGGACUCAAUCCGCUUUCUCCAAGUUGGACCAAAUCUGGGGUUCCGAAACCGUUGCCUCUGUCAAGGCUGGUUACGCUUUGCCAUCUAACAUCAUCUCUACUUCCGAUGUUACCAGAAUCAUCAACUCCACUGAAAUUCAAUCUGUCUUGAGAGCCGCUGGUCAAGCCACUCAAAAGCGUACUCACGUCCAAAAGAAGAACCCAUUGAAGAACAAGCAAGUCUUGUUGAGAUUGAACCCAUACGCUAAGGUCUUCGCCGCCGAAAAGUUGGGUUCCAAGAAGGUCGACCAAGCUAACAAGAUCAAGCCAUCUGCUACUGCUUUGGAAACCUUGAAGCACGAUUAA